UCGCUCGUGUCAGUACGAUCAGAGUUUUGUAGCCGGCCGCACACGCCAGGCAAACCCAGCAGCAGCAGCAGCACCAGCGCGCGUGUGUGUAUUGGACCGCGAAUGUGCCGCGCUACGAUUUGUGUUUCUUCCGGCUGUGCUGUUUCGGCGGGGCCCGCGUUGUUUUGAUUGACAGAAACAUACGGUAGUAGUAGGAAGGGAGGAGGAAGGUUUGUGCGCUAACGGCGGAGCGGGGAAGCGGUCUAUUUGCAUCGGGGGAUGUCGAAAGUUCACAGCGAAAUUUAACCGUGUGCCAGAUUCUCUGACGCUUUAAUUGCAACAAAAUAUACCUCAACAACAGUGCAUUAGUAAGUGAGAUUGUUUAUGACAGUUCAAAGAACCGCCCCGAAAUUCGUUCAGUGUUCAGUGACCAGCAGGGAAGCAGCAGCAGCAGCGGUGGAACACAAAUCAAAUGAAAACUCCAAGUGAAAGGACAAAGCGUUUGCUUGUCGUGACGACUGUGCCGCCAUCGGCGGGCGCCGCAUUCCUGCUGCCCAGCGGCGAUCAGAUGCGAGUUCGAUCGUGAAGUGCUGCAGCCUUGCCCAAAACCCAGCAGCCCAGCCGAGGUUCGCGUCUUAUUGCCUCGCUGCUAGACGCCCCAGUGUAAUUUUUGCCACUCACCGCGGUCCCCGUCAGCUAAUCAACCAAUCAGAGGGCCGCGCAGAGAGAUAUAGCGUGUUAUUUAGUGUUUAGGGUAAUUACACAGUGUGCAACAGUGACAACUCGCCCUCCAAGGACGAACUAAGCCAACAAGUGCCUGCGCUAGUCUCUCAGUGAAUCGGAGGCAACAUGUUCUCCUCAUUGCCACCGAGCGCCACCGGCGGCGAUGUCGUAGUCGGCAACGUCAAGAAAGGUCCCAGCAAUUGGUUCUGGUCGUUGCGCCGCCAGCCGAAGCCGAAAAAGGCGAUCCUCGAGCCGGACAAACCACUGCAAAAGAGCUGCGUCGAUCUACCGUCCGCCACUACGAACGGGGGCUCCCCCGGUCCGUUCGGAACGUUGCCAACCCGACUCGAUGAGGUGGUGUCCACCAGCAGUUCCACCAUCGAGCGUCCCUCACCCGCCUGUACGUGCGAGUACGUGCAGGUGUUCGAACCACCGGAAACGACGGGCAGCAUCUCCACGACGGCCACCAUCACGAAGACCGUGUCCCGGCACCACCAGCACGCCGACAAACUGCUCGAAUCUGCCUCGUCCGACAGCAAUCUUGCCUUAAGCUCUGCUGCCUCCUCUCCGUUGGAGGGUGCUGCCAACGGGCUGCAACCGUACGCGACGAACAGUUUGCGACGCCGCAAGGAUCAGCAGGUCGUGUACGGUGCGAAAACGGUCACAACCGUCACGAAGACGACCGUACUGAACCGUCAGCGGACGUACCGGGUGGGGCUGAUCUUCAGUGAUAAUGGAGAGCUGCUGAACAGUAACCUCGACCUGCGACAGCUGGUGGAGGAAAGUAAGCGCAACUUCCUGAACGCGCUCGAGAACGGUGGUCCGAUGGAGGAUGGUUCUGCCAUUCCACCACCGCCCCGGUUAGCGCAAGAACCGGCCAACGAAGCUAACAACAACGAACGGUUAAAGGAAGCUGCCAGACGUCCGGAGUUGCAGCAGCAGUUUAGCAUACUGGACGACAGCAACUUUGACUUCAUCGAUGACAGUGCCGAUCUGUUCAACCGCAACUACCCGCAUCAGCCGCCGCCGGUGUCGGCAUCAUCGGUCGGGCUAGAACCAAGGUCACUGGUCGCAGCGGCAACAUCGGCGGGAGCAGCUUCGACGUUCCCCAUUACCAAAGUGUUGCGUAUGUGCAACAACUGUAAAAAUAGAAGUAAUCUAGUCUACCAGCGAAGCUGCUCCCAGCCCCAUCGUAAGCAAAUCAACGAUGAGCUGAACGAGGUCGAGUCGGAGAUGAAAGCCCACGAAAGCAAGGAAGAGAACAAACAUUCCAACAAAGACAAACAGAUGGCGCUGGGGCGGAAAAAGUUCAACAUGGAUCCAAAGAAAGGAAUAGAAUUUUUAUACGAAAACCAGCUGCUAAGGACGGAUCCGCAGGACGUGGCACAGUUCCUAUACAAGGGAGAAGGUCUCAACAAAACGGCCAUCGGCGAUUAUCUGGGCGAAAAGAACGACUUUAACGAGCAGGUGUUGAAGGCCUUUGUAGAGUUACACGAUUUUACGAAUCUUAUACUGGUGCAAGCUUUAAGACAAUUCCUCUGGUCAUUCAGACUGCCCGGCGAGGCGCAGAAGAUCGAUCGCAUGAUGGAAUGCUUUGCCCAGCGGUACUGCCAGCUCAAUCCGGACAUCUUCACCAACACGGACACGUGCUACGUGUUGAGCUUUGCCAUCAUUAUGCUCAACACCUCGCUCCACAAUCCAUCGGUAAAAGAGAAGCCCACGGUUGAACAGUUCAUUUCCAUGAACCGUGGUAUCAACAAUGGAGGCGAUUUGCCGCGCGAACUGUUAGAGUCCCUGUACGAGUCGAUACGAGCUGAACCGUUUAAAAUACCUCAGGACGAUGGGAACGAUCUGAUGCACACCUUCUUCAACCCGGACAAGGAGGGCUGGCUGUGGAAGCAGGGCGGAAGAUACAAAUCGUGGAAACGAAGAUGGUUUAUCCUGAACGAUAACUGUCUGUACUACUUCGAGUACACCACCGACAAGGAGCCGAGAGGGAUCAUUCCAUUGGAAAACAUUGCGGUGCGCGAGGUAACGGACCGGAGCAAACCGCACUGCUUCGAGCUGCACGCCAGCGGCGGGGCCGACAUCAUCAAGGCGUGCAAAACCGACAGCGAGGGUAAGGUGGUGGAAGGUAAGCACACCGUCUACCGGAUGUCGGCCGCGACCGAGGAGGAGCAGCAGGAGUGGAUCACCCGCCUGAACCAGUCGAUCAGCCACAACCCGUUCCACGACAUUCUAGUACAAAGGAAAAAGAAAGCCCUGGCCAAAAGUUAGUUAGCACUGUCCUGUUUGAAGAACUAAAACAAACAACAACAACAAAUGCCCCCAAUACCCGAAUGAAAAUGAAAACAAAAACCACUCCCUCCACUCCUUCACUUCCCGUCCCACCCCAAUCUUCAAAAUCAAUCAGAAUGCAGGCGCUAAACACACACACAUUUAAAGGCAUAGAAAACGAAUUGUGAAAUCAAUCUAAAAACAAACACAAAACAAUGCCCGCAAAUGUUCUCAUCCGCCACUGUUCCAUUAAGUUGCGAUCGAAGAGGCAAAAUUUAAUGUAAAAAAACAAGCAAUCAGAGAGAAAGGGGUAGAUUGAAAUAGGGUUUCUUCUUCAGAAACCGAUCGUCAGCCAACGAAAACUCUCUAAAUGCGUUGUAGAGAUCAAACUGAUGGUCCCGUGGAAGAUGUUAACAUUGUUCCAUACCGCCAAAAGCGUUAAAUUUAAACUAACAAUUCAUUCUCACGGACGGCAUAUGAAGAAAAUUAGGAAAAAGAGAGAGAGAGAUAGAGAAAAAAAAUCAAACGAAAAAAAAACCCCGUUCAGGCAACCAUCCAACAUGCAUCGGCUGCGCAUACGAUCGUGCUUUUCUUUCCAUUAACUGCUUAUACUGCUCCUGCUCCCCAAAUGCGGCCCAUGAUGGGGGAGAAAGCCAAAUCAUCUGCUUGUUCGUGUGUUUAUGUUGCGUUUUGUGUGUGGCUAGCGAGUGAUAAUACCCCGACAUCAUUUGUGGCCAUGUGUGUGUGUGUGCGUGCGUACGUGUGCUACCGCUCUGUGCUGCUGUAACCUCUGUAAGCUGGUUCCCUGUGUGGGACCAGCACAACUGGUGUGCGUGUGCGGUGGGAUGGGAUGGUUCCUAUCUGUUUUGAUUAAUUGUUUGUUCGUUUCGAGCGUUAGGUUAAGUUAGUUCGAUGAAAAAGUUAGUUAAAUUCCGGUUCAAGUGCGCUUUUGAUGUAAGUGAAGGGAGAAGAUACUAGGGGUCCACACGCCGUCCCACGUUUAGAUUCCAUUGUCGUUGCUGCCGUUGCGUUCUGUUUAGAUUAAUUCGCUCCCCCAUUUCGUUUGGUGUGGCGGCUUCGGUUCGUGGGCGCUUGGGGAGGCAGGGAAAUGAAUGCUCCCCCCCCACAACUGUUCGUAUGAGCCUUUUUGCAACGGUGCAUUCCCAGCCCGGUGGAAUGUGUGUUUUAAUUUGUGUUAGGUCAGUAUUUCCGCUGCCGUGUCCUCGUGGUGGCAAUCCCGUUGCUUUGCUGCUGCCUCCAUUCUCACAGUCAGUCGAUCGUUGGAGGUUGUUAAAGCAGCAGGUGAAGGAUAGGAGAAAAUAAGCGGAAAAUGCGUAGUAUGUUUAGGUAAACGGCGACAGUGAUCCAACCGUUGGAUCGUAACUGUGAUCAUGAAUGGAUAGCGUUAGAAAGAGAGAGAGAGAGCGAGCCACGUGAAAAUGCUUCUUUUUGCGCAAUAUAGGAACAAUGCAUGGACAAAACCACUCUACUACAUUGUAAAUAUACAUAUACAGUCAGCUAGCUAACCGUUAUUGAAAUGAGCUUUUUUGAGUGGUUGAGCUUUGGAGGGGUCAAUUUGUUUAGUUCCAUUGUCUCCAACCAGAUCUUGUCCCCUUUCACUGGUGUUGAGUGUUAAGUUGAUUGCUAAUUUACUCCUUAAAUUUCGAACAUAAAUCGUGCGUGGCAGAACAACACAAAGCAUCUAUGCUGAUGAUGCCCAAUGAAACAAUGAACCCCAAACGUGUGUGUGAUGUAGGUGUGUAAUAUAUAAAACUAUAAGGUAGAAAGGAGUGCCGCAACCACAGCAUCAUAAGUAAGGAUUGCCUGCAAGGCAGUAUUUUACAAUCCCACACCUCCUCAACAACGCCUCGGUUCUCUCUGGCACGUUGUUCCCCCUUUUUUCACACGCACCUUUUGCCCACUUUCGCGUUACCGCGUUUCCUUAUUUAUAGACACCGACGCCUCCACCGACCAGUGAACACACGCAUAGUCCUCCCAGUCCUCCCACCGAGACACUGCUGCACCCCCCGUAAAGCUCCCUUUCCUCCUCGUGGUGUGUAAUUGUAACUAUCCCUAUUUAACUCGCGCAUACUCUCUUCCACUCAUACAAACACUGUACAACCGCCCUGUUUGUGUCAACUGCUCUGGCCUCUCUUGGCGGCAUUGAGCUUUAUAAAGCAGCACCACAAGAGGAAGCGGGAGAGCUUCCUUUAUACUACAUACGCAAUCACCAUUAUAAUUGUACGGGAAAAGGACCGAAAGGUAGGGAUAAAAUAGGGAAGAGUUAAUAUGGAACAGGGGACAAUGAGGAUAAAAACAAAGCUAAAAAAAGGAAAGUGAUUUUAGGGAGGACGAUACUAACUGAUGAUGAUAAUGCGGACGGUGUGUGGUGUUGUAGGCUAAAUUUAUAUAGCGCGCCUGUAGUUGUAAUCAUGGUACUGAACACACAUUAUAAUAAGGUUUGGAAACAAGAAGAAUGGAGUGUAAAAGAAUAA